AGCGCGGGCAGGGACCGGGGCCGGGGCAGGGGCUGCGCUGCCCGGCCGGCCCGGCGCGUCCCGUCCCGCCGCCAUGGAUUGUUACACGGCCAACUGGAACCCGCUGGGCGAGGAGACCUUCUACCGGAGGUUCGAGCUGUACGCCAUGGAGUGGGGCCUGAAGGAGGAGCUGCGGGACUGCCUGGUGGCCGCCGCCCCUUACGGGGGGCCCAUCGCCCUGCUGAAGAAUUGCUCCCGCAAGGAGAAGCCCCCCAGUGCCCGCCCGCUGCUGGAGAUCUACUCAGCCUCGGGGCUGCUCCUGGCCAGCAUCCCGUGGAAGAGCGGCCAAGUGGUGCAGCUGGGCUGGACGGCCAGCGAGGACCUGCUCUGCAUCCAGGAGGACGGCACCGUCCUCAUCUACAGCCUCUUCUGCGAGUUCAAGCGUCAUUUCAGCAUGGGCAACGAGGUGCUGCAGAACCAGGUGCUGGAGGCCAAGGUUUUCCACACGGGAUAUGGCACCGGCGUGGCCAUCCUGACCGGCGCCCUCCGCGUCUCCCUGGCCACCAACAUCGAGGACCUGAAGCUGCGCAGGAUGCCCGAGGUUCCCGCAGGUCUGCAGAAGCCACCGUCCUGCUGGGCCGUGCUGUCCCAGGACAGGGUCACCAUCGUCCUGCUGGCGGUCGGGCAGGACCUCUACCUCCUGGACAACACCUCCUGCUCCGUGGUGACCCCCCCUGGGAUGAGCCCCUCAGCUGGUGCCUACCUGCAGAUGGCCGUGUCCUUCACCCACCGCUGCCUGGCCCUCUUCACUGACUCUGGAUACAUCUGGAUGGGUCUGGCCACACUGAAGGAGAAGCUCUGUGAGUUCACCACCAGCAUCCGGUCUCCCCCCAAGCAGAUGGUUUGGUGCACGCGUCCCCGCAGCCGGCAGCGCGCCGUGGUGGUGGCCUGGGACAGGCAGCUGAUGGUGGUGGGGAACUCCUCCGAGUGCAUCCAGUUUGUCCUGGAGGAGGAUUCCUACCUGGUGCCAGAGCUGGACGGGGUCCGGAUCUUGUCCCGCACCUCCCACGAGUUCCUGCACGAGAUCCCCGAGGCCAGCCAGGAGAUCUUCAGGAUUGCCUCCAUGGCCCCGGGGGCCCUUCUGCUGGAGGCACAGAAGGAGUACGAGAAGGAGAGCCAGAAGGCAGACGAGUACCUGCGGGAGAUCAAGGAGCAGCAGCUGCUGCCAGAGGCCGUGGGUCAGUGCAUCGAGGCGGCCGGCUACGAGCACGAGCCCGACACCCAGAAAUCCCUGCUGAGGGCAGCUUCCUUCGGGAAGUGCUUCAUCGACAAGUUCCCCCCCGAGGGCUUCGUGCGGAUGUGCCAGGACCUGCGGGUGCUCAACGCCAUCCGGGACUACCAGAUCGGCAUCCCCCUCACCUUCACCCAGUACAAGCGACUCACCAUCGAGGUCCUGCUGGACAGGCUGGUCCUGCGGCGCCUCUACCCCUUGGCCAUCCGGAUCUGCCAGUACCUGCGGCUGCCGGAGAUCCAGGGCGUCAGCCGCAUCCUGGCACACUGGGCCUGCUACAAGGUGCAGCAGAAGGACAAGUCGGAUGAGGAGGUGGCUCAUGCCAUCAACCAGAAGCUGGGGGACACGCCGGGAAUCUCCUACUCGGAGAUCGCUGCCCGGGCCUAUGACUGCGGCAGGACAGAGCUGGCCAUCAAGCUGCUGGAGUACGAGCCACGCUCCGGGGAGCAGGUGCCGCUGCUGCUGAAGAUGAAGAGGAGCAAACUGGCCCUGAGCAAGGCCAUUGAGAGCGGGGACACCGACCUGGUCUACACGGUGGUGCUGCACCUGAAGAACGAGCUGAACCGCGGCACCUUCUUCAUGACGCUGCAGAACCAGCCGGUGGCCCUGAGCCUGUACCGCCAGUUCUGCAAGCACCAGGAGCGGGAGACCCUGAAGGACCUGUACAACCAGGACGACAACCACCAGGAGCUCGGCAACUUCCAUGUCCACUCCAGCUACUCGGAGAAGCGCAUCGAGGGGCGGGUGGGAGCCCUGCAGAACGCCCUGGACGAGUUCUACAAAGCCAAGAACGAGUUUGCUGCCAAGGCCACAGAGGACCAGAUCAAGCUCCUGCGGCUCCAGAGGCACCUCCAGGAGGACUUUGACAAGCCCUACCUCGACCUGUCUUUGCACGACACCGUCUCCACCCUCAUCCUGGACGGCCACCACAAGCGGGCCGAGCAGCUCUACCGGGAGUUCAAGAUCCCGGACAAGAGGUACUGGUGGCUGAAGAUCAGCGCCCUGGCCAACCGCGGGGACUGGGAGGAGAUGGAGAAGUUCUCCAAGAGCAAGAAGUCGCCCAUCGGCUACUUGCCCUUCGUGGAGAUCGCGGUGAAGCACCACAACCGCUACGAGGCCAAGAAAUACGCCCCCCGAGUCACCCCCGAGCAGCGCGUCAAGGCCUUCGUGCUGGUGGGGGACCUGGAGCAGGCGGCCGAGGCGGCGGUGGAGCACAAGAGCGAGGCCGAGAUCAGCUUCGUGCUCUCCAAGUGCACGGGCAGCACCGACGGCGCCGUGGCCGAGAGGCUGAACCGGGCCCGGGCCCAGCUCCUCAAGAAGUGACCCCCAGCCCCGGGGGGGGACACACACACGUGGGCCUGGCCUGGCCCCCCACCCACCCGUCCUGCGCUCCUGGGGUCCCCCCUCUGCCCCCCUCGCUGGGGGCUGCCUGUGCCUGGGGACCGGGGCGGGGGGGUGGAGUUGUUGCUCAGCAGCCCUGGAGCCUGUGGGGGGGACCCCCCUGUCUGUGGGGGCCUCCUCUGCCUGUGGGGACCCCCCUGUGCCUGUGGGGACCCCUAUCCUGCUGGGGGGGCUGCCCCCACCCCCUCAGCCCAUGGUUCCCCUUCCCUUCCCGUUCAAUAAAGACCCCCCUGUCCCGUC